AUGGCGGCGCCGUUGCGGAUGACAACCACAGCGGCCCUUAGAUUGAUUAAGGUUUACGUGAGCACUUGGCAUUUUAGAAACCAUGAUCCUCUCAAAUUGAAUGAGAUGAUGGAAGCGACAUAUUUGCAGCUUGGGGUAAGGCUAAAGAAGAUAGCCUGCCAAUGCCUCUGCGACUCCCCCAUCUGGAUGGUGCCAAAAAAUUAUCAGGUCUGUUGCUGUGAUUGGCUUGGUUUCUUUGGGUUACAGGUACAGGACUCUAAGAUGCAAAAACUAUCCCUUCAUGUCAGGAGCUUGCGACCUCCAUGGCCGUCGGGAUCUACUCCAUGGGCUCCCUUGUUCUCCAGCACAACCCCCAACAACUUUGAAUCAAAGGUCUUGCCCGACUCCCACUAA